AAGAGAAGUGUAGCGUUUCGGGAUCAAAGGUUCAACAGUCGCAUAGAUAUCAUUACAAAGCGAAAGUCGAUCACAGGGACCGAACAUACAAGUUCUAUUACGUAAUCACGUAAUUGCGCAGCCGCGUUAGCGCUUCGGCGUGUAGCAAGUCUACCGAGGGAAACACGGCGGAUCUAUUCGCUUUAGUAGCUUAUGCAUGUAACGCGCGGCAAUCGAAGGGUUAAACGUAAUUUACCUUCGACAGAAACCUGGAGGAACUUUUACGGUGCAGUUUCGACCCAUGUGAUGUCGCGGAUAACGCACGGACGCUCUCACUAGUUCUCGAAAUAAAUAUUGAAAAUCUGGAGCGAUAAAAAAAGGGCAAGCAGAUUAUCCGAAAUACUUCUGGUCUUCUGGAUGGACUUUCUGCGAGAACGUCGUUGGAAAGCGACGCGUUGUCUGGCAUCUUUCGAGCUUCGUGUGCACGUGAACUGUUGCUGAAAAUACCUGCUACGUUAUUAACGUAGGAAGCGCUUAAUUGAGCUCACCCAUCGCGGAAAAUUCAAGUUGCGCCAUGAAUCUACGUUAUGAUAAAGAUUAUUAUACCAGGAUGCAGACGAAUACACAUUAUUAUAAGGAGUAUUAUACCAGGAUAAUUCUUUCGUGGGAGGGCCCAGAUGUUGUCCAAGUGUGCAAGAGGCGUGCGGUCUCGCGCAACGACUCACUCAACUCAGAAACUGGAGAGGAACGGGGGACGCUACUCAAUGUUUAUGCAAGCGAUCCGCAGAUGUUGUGCAAGCCCGAUGAUGUGGUCUUGACAAAACGGCUUCUAUGUAAAAAAAACAAUCAGUUCAGAAAAGAGCCGAUCACAGAAGAGGUUGUCGAAGUAUUAUAUUCUCCUGACAUAACAGAUUCGGUUACAGGGAUGGAAAUUAUAAGGGAUGAGUACGGCAAAAUUAUAGAUCCCGUGAAUAUGUAUAGGGAGUUGUUUGAGAAGUCAGAUUAUCCGAAAUUAACACCAGGAAACAGGCUGGAAGAUAUAGAUUUCACUAAUAAAAAGAUGUUUGUGGAAUAUGAAGAUUCUGAUGACAACUCAACUGAAGAGAACACUGGAGAGGAGUAGAAAAGAUACAAUAAAUAUUUGAAAGGCUACUAUUCGAAAAUUUAUGAAUACGUUGUAUAAUAUUUAAUAUAACUUAUUACAUACUGCAAAGAUAAUGUGCACUAUAAACUUUUUUUCCAAUUUUUUGAUACUCAGGAGUCUGAUACAAAUACAGAACCUGACACGGUCAUUUACAAC